UUAUUUUUUAUUCAAAGGGCAAUACUACCUCGGUCAAGAAAAAUUACGAGACGUCAUUGUCAAAAUAAAUGUAAUUGAUCUGACUCUGACAAUUUAAAGUUUGCAAGGGAUCGUAGAAUAAUUAGGUAAUUAAUAAAAAAGUAAAGUCUGUGCGUAAAUAAUCAACCCAAAAAUAAAGAAUAAACUAACCUACUAGUAUUAAAUUAUAAUAUGGCUUCGCCAUCACCAAAAUCACCGGAACAAAGUGAAAAGACUAAACAAUACGACCGGCAACUUCGCUUAUGGGGUGACCACGGCCAAUUUGCACUCGAAAACGGUCAUAUAUGUUUGGUGAACGCGACUGUCUUGGGUACUGAAGUAUUAAAAUCCAUUGUUCUACCUGGAGUUGGCGCAAUCACAAUCGUCGAUGAUAAAAUCGUGACUGACGAAGAUAUUGGGAGCAAUUUCUUUUUAGAGUGCUCAAGCAAAGGUUUAAAUAGAGGAUCAGAAGCACUGCGGUUGUUAUUAGAGUUGAAUCCCGCUGUACAAGGAAACGCAGUACAGGAACCCCCUGAUCAAAUUCUUAAAGAAAACCCUGAUUUCUUUAAAUCAUUUACUGUAGUAAUUGCUACUUCUCUUGGAGAAAAGACUAUUCAAGAUCUAGCCCAGCAUUUAUGGGAUGUGAAUGUUCCACUGAUAUUGUGCAGAUCAGUUGGAUUUCUAGGAUCCUUUAGAAUUCAAAUGAAGGAGCAUGCAGUAAUAGAAACUCAUCCUGAUAAUGAACAAACUGAUUUACGUUUAGAUGUUCCAUUUCAUGCAUUGUCUGAAUAUCUAGACAGUUUUGAUAUAGAUACUCUUGAUCUAAAAGACCAUGGUCAUAUACCAUGGAUAGUAAUUAUUUACAAAGCUGUGCAAAAAUGGCGAGUUAAUAAUCCUCACUGGCCUAUGAGCAGGAAGGAGAAGAAUGAGAUCAAAGGUAUUAUUCAAGAUUUUAUAAGAAAAGAUGAAAAUGGUGUCCCAAUAAAUGAAGAAAACUUUGAAGAAGCCAUUAGAGCAGUUAAUACUGCUUUGAUGCCAACCUUUUUGCCAGCUAAAAGCCAGGAGCUGCUGUAUUGCAGUGCUGCUACUAAUAUAACAAAAGAGAGUACUCCAUUUUGGAUAAUGUGUGCUGCACUGAGAGGCUUUGUUGAGAGUGAAGGGAAAGGCAAUCUACCUGUCAAAGGGGUCUUACCAGAUAUGACAGCUUCAACAGACCACUACAUCAAGUUACAAAACCUUUACAGAACUCAAGCCUCUAUGGAUGCAGAGAUAGUAUAUAGGAAAGUGCAACAAAUUGUUGCACAGUUACAUUGUGAGAACAUCAGUGAAGCUGAUGUGAAAUUGUUUUGUAGACAUGCACAUGAUUUGCAUUUAAUUAGUGGAUCCAGUAUAGUCUCUGAAUACCAACUGACCAGUUCUGUAGCCUCAUACAUUGCCAGGCAUUUGGAAGAGCCUGAUGUUAUGAUGGUUCACUAUAUUCUAAUGAGAGCUUCUGAAAUAUUCCAAUCAGAACAUUGCAGAGCUCCUGGGGACUGGGAGCCUGAAGGUGACAUUGCCAAACUCAAGACUUGUGUUACUAAGCUCCUCAGCGAUGUCUCAUGUUCCCCUUUCCCUAAAGAUGAUCAUGUCCAUGAAAUGUGUAGGUAUGGAGGGGCAGAAAUACAUAGUGUCUCAGCCUUCCUAGGUGGAUGUGUGGCCCAUGAAGCCAUCAAAAUUGUUACAAAACAGUAUAAACCUGUGAAUAAUACUUUUAUAUAUGAUGCUGGAUCAACUAACACUGCUACUUUUACGUUUUAAUUUAUACUCAAUUUGUAAUAAAUAAAUUAAACAAAA